AUUUUAAUAAAUACAAAGUUCAAGAUGCCAAUGGAAAACAUGGUCCAUAUGUUCGGUGGUACCAAAAAGAAGUCCACCCUUGUUGAUGAAUCUGUUAUCUUCUUCCCAAGAGAAGAUGAUGGAUCUCCAAGACAGGUUAUUCUAGACAAUUUCUGCCAAUCCGAAGUCUCAAAAUUCAGAUCAUGUAUGUCUGCUCACGAUAAUGACGAGAACAAAUGCUUAGAGACCAAAAAUAUUUUGGAUAGAUGCGCUGCUGAUGCUUUCUCUAAAGUAAACACUGAUCCUAAGUGGGUCUUCUAAGCUCCAUAUUAUGCAAUUUGUCUG